AUGAUCGAUAGGUUCAGUGAUCUAUCCAACUCUCUUCUCUGUCACAUCCUUUCGUUCCUUACAACCAAAGAGGCUGUAGCAACAAGCAUUCUGUCGAGGAGGUGGAAGACCCUUUGGACUCGCGUCCCAAAACUCGACCUCGACACUGAUGACAUGCACCUGUCUUUGGAUAAAAUAGGCGAGUGCAACGAACCCAUCAAUAUCAGCUAUACAGAUGUUCUGUCCAGAGUCUUGGCUUUGCACAUUGCACCCUUCAUCCGAAGCUUUCGCCUCAGGUGCAAUUCAGAUUGUGCUCCUUUCCAUUUUGACACAUGGACUCGCACCGCCAUAGCACGUAACGUUGAAGAACUCAAGCUGCUAAUUUUUUAUUCGUAUGGGAUACACAUGGGCUUACCUUGCAGCAUUUUCUAUUGCCAAACAUUAGUGGCUCUGGAAUUAAGUGGUGGAAUUGAUCUUGAUCCUCCUUCGUCCUUUCAGUUACCGAACCUGAAGAUUCUGCGGCUGUUAGAAAUUUAUUAUUGCAAAGACUCUUCCUGUUUUUCCUGGCUCCUCUCUGGCUGUCCAGUACUCGAAGAUUUGUCAUUUGAAAGAGAUGGUUAUGACUGUUUGUACCACUUUCAAAUAUCUGUUCCUACACUGAAAUGUUUGCAUAUCGCGUUUAGACCAUACAGACUCGAUCUUAAUGAUUACACGAUUGAGAUAAAGGCCCCAGCUCUUGAAUACUUCAAAUUUGAAGGCGAUCUGGGCCACAUAGUUUUGCUCGAAAAACUAGACAACUUGUUUGAAGCAGAUGUCUAUAUUUGCUCAUUUGAUGAGUCUGAUUCUUUGGAAGAGAGUCAAAAAAGAUGCUAUGGAGAUAGGGUUUUCAAGCUUCUUCGAGCACUAACUACCGCAAAAUUCCUUUUAUUAUUUCCUGGUGUCACGGAGUGUUAUUAUAAGAGUAAAGACAAGUUAUGCUGGAUGGAGCCACCGGAUGAUCCUGGUUAUCUAUCAUCAAACCUUACAAGUUUUAAUUUUAGAGGAUUUAAAGGAUUAAAACUUGAAGUGGAAUUUGUAAAAUAUAUUCUAAAGGAGGCAAGGAUCUUAAAAACAAUGACAAUCAAUGUUUCUAGUGGAGAAUUGAAGGAAAGUGUUGUCGAGAAACUAUCAAAGGUCCCAAGGCUGUCUAGAACAUGUCUAGUUACAGUUGAAUGAGGUAUGUUUCUUUAAGAGUAUUGAAUCCCUUUUUCUCUUUGAACUAAUUUUCAACGGGUAAUUAGCAACUAAUUUCGAGGGAUGUCACAAAUGUUUUAUGUUUAUAGUCCUCUACUGGAGGUAAAGGUAAUAGGUGUUUACUCUUUUCUGGUUGUUAAUUACUCUUUCAUG